CUCUCUGAUUACAUUUAAAGAAAGAGUUCAGCCAGCUCAGUUUAACAACCAAGUUUAUAUCUUUGAUACUCUAAACUACGAUUGGGUAACAAAUACGAGUAGGACUUCAAAUAAUGAAACCAAGGAUGUAACUUCUGAUCAAGAUCAAAACAAUGAAAAAAUGAAUAUGCCUUCAAAUCUACGCAUUUCUGUUGUUGGAAUAGUUUGCAUAGUAAUAGGCAUACUCAUUAUUUUUACGAUUGUUGGAGUUUUAAUUUAUAGAAAAUAUAGAAAUUAUAUUAUGGAAAAAAAAAUGACUGAAUCAAUUGAUGAACUUCUUGCUACUUAA